AUUUACACAUGUCACACCUAGAGUUUCCCCUUGAUUACUUCUUAUCCGAAAUGGACAGAAACUAAAUAAUGUAUGUGUCGCAAGAGUUUAGGGGAUAAUCUCUGUAGUUUAUCUGGAUUAACGCGGAUUUAAUUACACCACAGCCAACAGCGAGAAUUUUAAUACACAGAAAAUUAGAAAACGAAAUAUACAAAUGUGAAAGCAGGAUGACAAAGUGCAUUCAAGGAUAAUGACUUUGAUACGCAGGAACUAAAUGAAAAGAGAUGAAAAUACAAUUAGUUAUGAAGGAAUCCGUGAUUACAACCAGUGAAGCCCUAAAGCAUAAACUCUGAAGAUGUCGAUGCGACUACCAUCCUCCAAUUUAUUUGGGAAUAGCCAAACAGCACAGUUUGACACUUGGAAUUUGGCUAACAGACCCCACAUUUUCGAGUCCUACACCCUAACGACCAAAUAUCGUCAAUGCAAGAAUCCAGUCACCCGCAGAGUAAGGGGUGUGAUCGGCUUCAAGCGGAAGCGGAGGUGCGAGUCACGUGCCGAGAGCGAGGGUGGCGAGUCCAACCACAGCCACGCCACGUCCGACCUUGACCUUGACAAGGAGUUUCCUGAUGACUUUGAUUACGAUGAGCAAAAGAAAGAACUAGUGAAAAUUAUAUCCACGUCUCCUAACCUGGACCCCCCAAUGCAGGCUCUAACUCCGGACUCUAUCUCACCAACUGAAAUUACGGAGGAUGCAGACCCAAAAGUAGUGAUCAAACGUACUCCAUGUCAAGAACUUUACAUCCGGGGCUGCAAGUUUCUCGACGUCAUACCCGUCUCCAUUUUUAUGCGUCAUUUAGAAAAUGAGAAAAUUUCACUACGUCAUCAUUAUCUCGGACCCAACGGAACAAAAGCAUGUUGUAUGGCGCUUCUGAGCAACUCUACAGUGACGUCGCUGGAUGUCGCUGACACAGACCUCGGAGCGGACGGGGUACGCCAUCUGGCGGAUCUGCUGCGGGAAAAUCACUUCAUUACGGAAUUGUCUCUAGCUGACAACCUACUUGGAAUACAAGGGAUAAAACCCCUCCUAGACGUGGUGGAACAGCUGGACAAUAUUGUGAGUCUCAAUCUGUCUGGUAACUGUUUGAAAGAGAAGGAUGCGGAAGAAUUUAGAGGAAUAUUUGAGGAAACUCAGAACUUGAAACGAUUGGUCCUUAGUCACAACGAGUUCCGGGAGAUCGGGGGUGAAAUAUUUGGAGAACUCAUCAGUUACAACGAUACUAUUGAGUCCCUUGAUCUCAGUUGGAACCAUCUUCGUAACGAGGGAGCCAAGGAACUAGCUCUAGGAUUGGAGGAGAACAAAGGUUUGCGAUACCUGGACCUAUCAUGGAACGGUUUCUACCUGAAGGGUUGUCAACACCUGGGGGACGCUCUACUGGUCAACUCUGACCUGACCGAGCUGAACCUGAACUGUAACAGGAUCAACAAGGACUGUCUGGAGAAACUCCUCAGGGGCUUUAAACAGAACUCCACCCUCAGGACCCUCAGGCUGGCCUGGAAUCCGAUCACGUCAGCAGGUGCUCAGAUGUUGGUCAACACCUGUGAGGAGAGACCGGAUAUAGGGCUCACAGAAAUUGACAUCAAUACACAACUGGUGGAGCCAUCAUUCACAGAGAGUGCACACAAGCUGCACAGUGAGCGGGGAAUCAAAGUCCUGUAUGGCCUGGUACGCGGACAGGACCCCAGUGACGGCGACCAGGACGAGGACGGACUGUUACAGGAAAACCCCACCCUCGUUCUGAUGGAAUUUGCGCGGUUAAUGGGCUUCCGACCCAUGGAUCUUCUCUCAACAUUUGACAAGGAUAAGAGCAAUUCUCUGGAUAAAGACGAAAUCAAAAUGGGAUUAAGGUUGUACUGUAUCCCCCUAUCUGACCGCUGUCUGGACUUCAUGGUGGAAAAACUGGAUGUGGACGGGGAUGGCGAGAUCGAUCUAAAGUAUUCUGGACAAAGGGAAGUCAUGCAGGCCAAAGUUGAGUACAAAAUGAAAGAAAGAGAAAUGCACAACGCCUCCAAGAACUGGAACUUCGAUAUCGAGAACACCGAUAUUGGACGUGUUCGAAUAAAACUCCAGAGGUUGAUGCAGAAGAAAAUGGAUGGGAACCCCACAUUCAAAGCGCGUGUAGACUUAUUUCAGGAGGCUCUCAAAGAGGGGAAACUUAAAUCAGUGUUCAACGACAAAAGAGACAGGGCGAAAGAACGAGAGAAGGUUCUACAGCGACGGAUGUCCAAACGAGAGAGUGUCCUACAGGAAAGUGAAGAUCAGUCAAAACUUAAACUUGACCUUGGGAUAGUUACAGAGGAAGCAGAAGAUACAAAAUCUGGAACUGGUUCUCGGAGAAGUAGCAUGCGUCCUGCAUCUGGUGCUCAGAAAUCUGUUGAGGGAAGUGAAAGUAUCCCUGGUAACACUAACAGGGUGUCACAAAGUGGGUCACGACCGGCGUCCGGUCGUCCAGGGUCUACAAAGCGACCGGGUUCUUCCCAUCAGGGGAUCGGAAACUCUUCUCGACCUGGUUCCUCUACUCAGGCAAAGACAGGAAGUACCUCCCGCCCAGCGUCAUCUACUCAGACAGAGACCGGAAAUUCCUCCAGACCAGGCUCUUCUGGUGUGCAGUCCGGAAGAAGAGACUCAAAGACAACAGGUUCCAAUCCAAACACGGACAGAAAGAAUGGAUCUCAUGCAAACGACUGGAAACCUCUCAACUUCUGAUUUAUUACGGAGCAAAAAUGGUUUAAAAACACGAAUUGAUAACUUUCAAGCCUAAUUUUAUGAAUCAAAUGGAUACCUUAAAAUUAUAAUACUUCAGACAUCCUUAUAAUAUAAGGUUACUGUAUGGUCUAUUUAUAUACAUGUAUACAGAAAGUUUAUUUAACACGAAAUGUCUUUCAUACAUUUUAUGUUUUACGUUGAUUACAAAUUAAUCAUAAAUAUUUUUUUUAAUUUUUGAUUCACAUCAGGUAAAGAAAGUCCUCAGCCUUUUUUUGUACAUGGUAUGCGUUUCUGUAAGACGAGCACAUGGCUUAGGGCCAUAGGCGUUAGACCAGUAACCGAAAGGUCGCUGGUUCAAACCCUGCUGUAGACAGUUGGUGUUAUGUUGUGACCUCAGACAUAUUGUCUCAGUCCACCCAGCUGAAAUUGAGUACCGGCUUAGGCUGGGAGUAAACCUGCGAUGGACUAGUGUUCCAUCCAGGGGGAGUCAAUGACUCUCAUCUGCUUAGCACCAUAGAAACCGGGGAUAAGCAUCGGCCAUAUGCGCCUAAUGGUAUGGAGAAGGAUUUAAUUCAAGCGCCUCUGCAAGCAGAUUGAAACUCACUUUUGAGUCUAUUUAUAAUCGCUAGUGGUAGUUCAGAACAACUAUAGUAAUGAAUCGGUUUGAUUAAAAAUUCUUACUUGGGUUUCAAUAUAUUAUCAAAUUAUUUACUAAAAGAUAAAAUAAAGAACUAUACUAGUGGUAUCAUUUGUGUACAAAUCUUGGAAAACAGAAGAAUCAUAUUUCAAUGAUAAUACCCUAUUGAAAAAUGAAAGUGAAACAUAUCCACAUGUUACAAGACUUUGUUUAUUAUAAUAAUCAUCUUUUUAAUGAUAUAAAAGAAUAAAGCAGACGCGACAACGUAGAAUCGUGGUUCGCAGCCCUCUCUUUUCGUCCACUCUCAUAUAGUCCUAUCAAGACCUCAAUUGAUAACAUGCAACCAUCUUAGAGGUACAUUCGGAUUUACAGGUGGACAUGCACUGCGCAAUGGCAAUGCUGUUGGUUAUUAUAAACAUCUUCAGUUUUCUUUUAAUGAAUUUGAUAAUUUUAAAAAUAUUACAAUCGUUUCUACAUGAUCAUGGAUGUUUGUGGAAUAAAUAUUUAUGUCCAAAAAAAAAAACAAAGAAGAAAAAAAGAAGAAAAGAAUGAAUGAUAAAAACGGAAUAAAAUUGAGAAGUAUGA